AUGCCAUUUCCAACGCCAAACGAUUGUCAGCGGCGCAUUAUCCAGCUCUCGCAAGAAUGGGCAGUUGACCUGCCGCCGGCCACGGCACCUCUCGCGAGACCACAGAACUCGCCCUCCUUUUGGACACCAAAAGAUGACGAAAUAGCCGAGGGCCUCAUGCAACGACGAGCGUCUGAGCUCUCGCAGCUUCGGCGCCAAAGCACUUUGAGCAAGGCAUUUUCCUCCAACAAUUUGAAGAAAGGCAAAACCUGGGAUCCCCACGAGGUGCUUGAGGUGCUCUCGGUGUGGAUAGCCAACUCGGGGUCACCCGGCGUCGCAGAGGCGCUGAUAUCGAAGCUAUCUGCGGCAGGCGUCGUGUUGAGUGGAAAUCAAACAAAGCAAAAAAGCAGUAUCCUGAACCGGAAAAAAAGCGUCGAUACCUUUGUUAAUCGCUCGAAAUUCUUAAAGCUUGCUGUCGAAGGCAAUCAGUAUGACAUGUUGCAGGUCUUACUCCCCCACGCUGACGGAUUCUCUAUCGACCAGGCGCUUGCUCCGGCUAUUCGAUCUGGAAACAUACGAAUUGCUGAGUUGCUAUUAAAAUAUGGAGCCCGCGCUUCACAGACCCCUGAGGGCCAGGACGCUUUUCGUCAAGCUUGUGCCGUCCAGAGCCAGGCGCACAUGAUCGGGUUAUUAUUGCGUUCGGAAAGCCGACCGAACACGGCGUGGAUAUCAGCCUGUAUGUGUGAUGCAGCACGAUCAGCUUGUCUGGGAACUGUGCUGCAUCUUAGCAGGUCGACAGCGGACGGCAACCACAACGAGGCCCAAGCCUUGAAGUCGGCUAUAGCCCUAGGACGACAAGAUAUCGCUCUAGCGAUAAUCAUGGGCAAUAUCCCACCGUAUGGUCCUGGGCUAGAUGAAGCGUUCCAGAUGCUUUACCAGCAUCCAUCCAUCAUCCCAGCGACGAAACUUGCCAUGGCGGAGUUGCUUCUUUGCGCAGGCGCGCAGGGCGACGUGUUGUCACAGGCACUGGAGAGCGCAUGCGAAACACAGUUCUACGACAUGGCAAAUCUAUUGUCCAGGUACGGAGCAUCGAUAGAAUACAAAGAUGCUAUCGUGCUUAAGACGGCGAUUGCUCGUGGUGAACUGGACCUGGUGACCUCUCUGCUGACCGAUUCGGCCAAGUUAAGCCCUGCUUUGGCCUCCAGUUGUGUGCCGCUGAUUGCGAAGCAUGCGCCGUUUGAAACUCGAGCCACGGUGCUUGGUCUGCUCUUGCGGAAAGGCGCAAACGGAACCGCAUUAGACGACAUGCUCAUCGACGCGGCUGAAGCGGGCGACCUAAAAUCCGCUGGCUUGUUGCUAAACCCAGUUGAUCCAGAGACCGCUCCCGUCACCCCGGACGAUUCGGAUUAUACCCGACUCUCAAACGGGAGACCACACCAUUCAGCAGCCUCCGUGGACCAUCAAUCUGGCCAAGCCUUGCGAACCGCAGUGUUACGUGCCGACGCGCCUAUGACGGAUAAGAUUCUUUCAGUCCAGCCUACAGCUGAAACCUUGUCGAUUGUCUUCCCCAUGACGAAGAAGUUGUCGCCUAAAGACCGCUAUCGAAUCGCUCAAUUAUUUUUGAAGAGACCAUUACCCGGCCCUUUUCUCCACGCAGCUUUGCAUGAUGCAAUUAGUGAAGAUGCUUCACAACGAGACAACUCCUUUAUCAAGCUGCUGUUGGAGCACAAUGCCGACAUCAACUUUGGUCACGGCUCAGGACUCGCGGCUCUUAUUAAACAAAAGGAUAUCAGUCUUUUGGGGUCACUUUUGCAGAAAGCAUCGCCGCAAACCGCCGCUUCUCGUGUUAUGGAUGUCACGGAAGUGUCAGACCACAGGGAGCGUUUUGAGAUGACGUCAAUGCUGAUUGACGCGGGUGCUGCAAUCGGGACUCAGCAAAUUGCCACCGCACUGUUGCAAACCCUUUGCGAGAAGCCUGUCGACAUGUCCCUGUUACGAUUGUUACUGCAAAAAGGAGGCGCUGACGUUAAUCUGCUCGAAGGUGCAAUAGCCAAAACGGCUGUUUCGAAUCCAGAUCCGAAGGUCCUGGAUAUGGUCUUUGCAUACAGCAGACCAUCCGCAGCAACGGUGACCUGUGCAUUCAAUGAAUUAGCUCCGCUUCCACCUACGGACACCAAGGCUUGGAAGCUGCGUGCCAUUCUGUCCAAGUCAAAGCAGAAGGAAGACUUGAGCCGGGCGUUAGUACACGAAGUCCAUUUAUUACUGCAGAUGAACAAUGACAAGGCGUCAUUGUCGACAUUGAAGAUUCUGCUAGACAGUGGAGCAGAUCCCAAUGCCUGCGAAGCUGCAGCCCUUUGCCAUGCCAUCGCUGGUGCAAACGUCAAAAUUUCCGACAUGGUAUUGGAAUCCAAAACACCCCCUUCUGCUGCUGCAUUGGGUGCAGCGCUUCCACAUGCACUUCGAAUCACUGACCCUAUGAAGAGAUUGACGCUCACUAAACAACUUGUGAACGCUGGUGCCCAUCCUCUCGAGGUCAACAGAGCUUUGAUUCAUGCCAUCACGAUUUAUCCCAAGGAUGCAUCGCUGCAGAACACUUUGGUGGCCGCUGCCGAUACGUCAAACGGUGAGGCGCUGUCACUAUCAAUCUCAAAGGAACUACCGGAGACUAUGGAUCUGCUGCUGUCAAAGUCACAGUCUUCUCUGGAAACCCGAAGUAUCAUGCUUGCCAAGGCCAUGAAGGCUAAAAACCAAACAGCAAGACAUGACAUGUGUAAGGGUCUGUUGACACUUGGGGUGUCAACCGCCACAGCAUCAAGUGCUCUAUUGGUAGCAGCCAGGGACGGGGAUGUUAAACUCGGAGACUUGCUCAUGUCUCACGGCGCGAGCAUCGCAACGAACAACGGUCAAGCUAUUGUGGAGGCCUGUCGUGGAGGUUCGGCCGACGUUUUAAGUGUGCUCUUGAAACAAGAUGGGCCCGUGGAAAAGAGUACGCUAGAUGCUGCUUUUCAGGCUGCCACAGAGCUUGGGGAUCUAGGCAAGCGCGCUGUCGUCCUUGAACAGUUGCUAAAGAAGGAUUUGUCGGGCGACUUGGUGGAUGCUCAACUCCAGCCUGCGGCUCGAUAUGGCGAGGACGGGCAAGCGCUAUUGCGAGUGCUGCUCAUUGCUGGCGCGGACCCGAACUUUGAUAAUGGCAUGUUUCUGAUCAUGACGCUGCCUUUGCUAACCGUGUCACAGAAAAAGGCUUCUCAGGCCACACUAUCAAGAUCGCUCAAAGCGUGCUGGAACCUAGGUCGUGACAGCCGAUUCAAAGUUGUUAAUAAUCUCGUGAACGCAGGCUUGCAGCCCACAGACGACAUGCACAUCGCACUGAAUGAAGCAAUUAAUGAAGAUGAUCCCGAGGACCGGCUUGUCAGACUCUUGCUCAAUCACGGCGCAUCACCAGCGGCCAAUGGUUACAAAACCUUUGUGGAUGCAGCGAAAAACUCGGCUUCAUCGUCCCUGGCACUGCUCCUAGAAAAGAACCUGCCACAAGAAGAUAUAGGCCGUGCUUUCAAUCACGCAUUCACUAGUGAGACCUUUGCCAAGUGGUUCACCGACCGUGGGUACGAGACGGCCAAAAUCCUGCUGGACAAGGGGGCCCACGGCGAAUCCCUGAGCGUUGCAUUAGUUCUUGUAAUGAAGAACUCUUCAGUUGAUACUGAGAUAUUAGCGAACCAUUUUGUGACGUUGCUGAUCAAGCACGGGGCAGACGUGAAUUACCACGACGGCGAGCCACUUCAACAAGCGGCCUCAAAAGCAAACGUUUCAUGGACAAAGCAGCUUCUAGAAUGUCGACCAACUAUUGCGACAUUGUCACUGGCGUUUCAGUGCAUCUUUGAUACGGCAUUAUCACAAGAUCACGUGCUUGAAUUAUUUAAAAUGUUUGCGGAGUACAGUGACGAGGAUGUCAGAAUUGAUGUUUCGGGCUGGCAGCACGGGUCGGAGCCCGUUCUUAAGCGAGUCAGCACCUCUGUGAUCGAGCUGUUGCUUGCUCGUGGCGCCAAAGUAAAUGCGGAGACAAGCCUAUCUCGUACCACACCGCUCAUGCUUGCAAUUCAGACCCGACGACCUGACCUCGCCAAGAUCCUUCUCCUUCAAGGUGCAGAAGUCGACAGCCUAGACUACUUGGGAAGAACCCCGUUAUCCAUGGCCACCGACAUGGGAGGCCAUAUAUCGGCACAGAUCCUGCCACUCCUCCUCGCCGCUGACCCAGCUAGGGACGAUGGCUCCCUUCACAACGCCGCUCGUGACCUCAACUUGCCUGCUGUCAAGAUCCUCGUCCAGUCUGGCCAUGAUCCUGAUUUCCCCAGCCCUUUGCACGAGGGACGCAGUGCUCUCGCGGAACUAUGUCUGCAUGGGUCAGAUAAAGGUGAAAUGAGCGCCGAUCACGAACGCACCAUGCAAAAAGUCAUGACAUUCCUUAUCGACAAUAAAUCGGAUCUAUCGAUAAAAGCGAACGACAUGACUCUCUUGCAGUUGUGUUUUGAAGCGUCUGACCCCGUUGUCACGACACGAUGUUUCCUCAAAUCAGGCAUGUGGAAGCUCAUCAACAAGCCCUUCAACUUUUACACCCGCGAAGGAUACACAUACUCCCCCACCAUGUAUAUCAAGAAAUUUCUCCCACAAACGGACUUAUCCGAUACCCUUCUCAAGAUCCUCAAGGCCAACCGCGCCAACGAUGUCUACUACGCCAUUUCUGGAGCACAGCCACCUGACGCGGUUGGACUCCCUGAAGACAUGGCUGUCCAGGAACGCGCCCGCAAAGCCCGUCUCGAACGUCUCGCAGAAGAAACAGAAGACUUUUCCGCAUCUAUGGCUCGGAAGCGGGAAAUCGCCUCUGUUGAGCAGCAAAUCCUCGCCCAAAAGGCGGAAAUGGAGGACCUGCGCCGUCGCAAGCUACACAACGAAGAUGUAGCGGCGGUACGAUCGAGAGCCCAACUAGAAGAAUCACUAGCCAGUGCUGCCCAUACACGCAGACUGCAAGAGCAUCAUUCACUUGCGGAAUCAUCCAUCUCACAUAGUAGGGCGCUUGCUGCUUCAGAGCUGGAGGCCGAAGAGGCAAGGCAGAGGAAGGCGCUAGAGUGGGAGACGAGGCUGAACACGGAGAGAGUAAAUAAUGCGCGGGCACAGAGUUCGAUUAGAAUCAGUGAGAGGCAAGAGGUUGAAAAGAUUGAUAAGAGUGCCGAUGUGAGGAUAAAGGGACGUUUGGAGGCGCAGAAGAAGCUGGUGGAGAGCCAGGAGAAGUUGGCCAAGAGAUUGGCUGAUGGACCAGGUGGCAGUAUCAACGAUCCGAGGAGACAAAUUGGUUAUGUGACGGAGUUGAAUUGA